UCGCGAGUAAUGUUGCGAAUCGUGUCGAAACGUCAAAAUGUGGCGAAGCUAGUGAAAACAGACCGACGAUUAAUGGUAAAUUAAAGCAAUAAAGCGCAAUAAAAAUACCCCGGAGUUAAAUCAGUACUUAAAAUAAAUUAAACUUCUAAAAUCUGAAAAUAACGACGCAUCCUGCGUCGAGGUGAAAAAACUGGAAUACAAAGCGUGAUUAGUUUGAGGUUAUGUCCGUGUGGAUUGGCGAGAAAUCGUGUUAAAAAUUCAUCAGUUGAAACACACAUUGCCAAGGGCAAUUGGAAAUAGACAAUGACUCUGCCCGUAAUGGCGGUAAAAAAUAACAAGGAGACUAUUAAUCUACUCGACUUGACGACCGACAGCGAAUCCUCGAUUUCGGACAUCGUAUUAACACCUAGAAAGAAGAAGGUCAAGAGGCGUUACAGGUCAGGUGUUUCCUCGAGAGACAAUGAUGCAAGUUCGUGUGGCUGUGGAAGGUCGCAAACCAGAGUAGCCGCCCUGUGGUUAGCAGCUAUUUUGAUAACAUUUUGGCUAUUGGCUUUAUCUUGGCUCGCUGCGAUACUGCACAACGAUAUUCAGAAUAUGUACGCCAGCGUCAGAUCAGUUAUAGCAGGCAAUGAAAACGUUCCGGAUACUCUCCAGAAGUAUCAUUCACUGUCGAGGGAUCUUCAGAACAACCAAACGAUCAUAUUCGCCAAUCUGAACGACAUCAAACUUCAAAUAGCCAAUUUUACGACUCAGCUAUCGACUCUGCAGCACGGGCUUCUCGAUGUUCAGAAUACUGUAAAGGCUGCGCCAGAACUCAGUAGCGUUCCUGAAGAGUUGAAAUCUCUCCAAGCCAAUCAAGCGACGCUCGGUAGCCAAGUGAAAGACAUGGAAACUACCGUCACGUCUCUUAAAUCAAGCAACACCAGGAUACAAGAUGUCCAAAAUAAUUUAUCAGCGAAUAUAACAACGUUAGAGAAUUCACUGGCGACGCUAUCUAGCAACAUGCAGCGUCCUGAAGCUGUACUUUCUGAUGAAAGUAAAGCUCAGAUUGAAUCGAUUCGCACGGAGAUUACUCAGUUGGUGAAAAACUUGACUGCACUUGCUGAGAAUUCGACGCAAAAUCUCAAGUGGACAACUGAGAAUCGAAAGGCAGACCGAAGACAGUUAGGUGUGGUACAGGAGCAAGUGGCGAAUGUUAGUACGAAGAUCGAAUCGUUGGAGAACGAAUGCGCGAGGAUAACCAAUGUGGCAACAAUUAAGGACUCCGUUAAUAAAUUAUCUGAGAGCUUGAAGGCUGGUAAUGUUGAACUAGAAAAGAAGCUGAAGAAUUUGGAAAAUAGAUACAACUCAUUGCAAAACUCUAGCGACGCGAUGUUGGUGUCUAUUACGAAGCUCCAAAACUUGACAGCCAACGUCACAACUGAAGACGCGGUCUCGACUGGAAAAGUUUCUGGUCGUAAAGACGUCAGAGAAUCAUCAGAGACCAAAUUGCUUGGGCAGAUGGCUGAUGGAGGAGAGGCAAAUGGAAAAUCACCCAGCAUAUCGGCUGUGGAAUCUGUACCAGUUAAACAAGUACAGAAAAACAAUGCAGGGGGUGAUGGCACCACGUAACUUGGAACCUCCGAUUACUUGUUGAAUUCCACUGAUUGAACAAAGUCCUAUGUAAAGUAAAAAUUAGUAAUAAAAACCCUCGCGAAAGGUAGGGUAAUACCUAUACAUGUCUGGGUGUAUAUACAUAUAGGUAUAAAAUAACCAAUCAAUGAAUUGUUUAUAUUAUUAUAUCAUUUGAAAGGUAUUGUUGCCAGAGAUUUUGGUUCAUGUAAUCAAUAUAGCAUGAGAGAUACGUACAUAUUUUUUAUCUCAAUUGUAACAAAGUCAUAAUUAAUAAUAUGUACCAGUUACAAUAGUUACAUAGUAGGUAUAUACAUAAAUGCAUGAAACGAGAUAUGCUACACAUGAGAAUAAUGUUUUAACGAAUUGUAAAUAUAUUUUGGAGUGAGAAUGCAUUUAAUAAUUAAUUUGAGUCGUAUAUUAUCAAUAUUUCUAUUAUUUAUUUAUAUAGUUAAUGUGUAACGGAUUUCCGGAUAUAUUGAGGUCAACAGUACAAAGUCCUUAACGGUUUGGAAAUAAUUUCUCAAUAUUUCGCAUAAAGGGUGUUGUCAUUAUUCUUGUACAUUUUAUAUAGGAAAAAAAGACAUACAGAAUAAAAAAAUUAAAAAAAGUAUUGAAAGUUUUGUAGAGGGUAGUGGAUCCCGUUUGAAGCGAUGGCAACGGUACGAUCAGUCAUGAUAUCAGUAA